GUCUUCAACGCGAAAAUGCGUGACCUUCACUCUGGAACAAAUAAAGGUUACUUACUGCUUUCCCAUUGUUCUUUCCGUCCUCCCUCAUUUCUCCCCGAAAGAAACCAAGCUGCUCAGAUUUUAGAUCCUCCUUUGAUCUCCAUACGCCGCCGUUUCAAUGACGACGAGCAUCCACAUAACGGCCUUAGACGGCCUCAUCAAUGUUAAUUCCCUCUUCACUCUAGCCGUUUUCGUCGGGCUGGCGUGGAACCCGAGGGACCCCACCAACGCCCUCAUUACCAAUGAGGCAUGCCGGGCCGGUUCAAACAUCGCCGAGAACAUGAUCUCCUUCCACGUGUACUCCUUCAGUUCCUUCUUGUUUUCUAGCAUCAUUGCGUUGAGUCUGAAGCAAGCCAUCCGACGGGUCAACGAAUCACGUUUUGAUUCGGAUUUCGAGGCUCAGGUCAACAGGGGUUUGGUUCGGGUCGGGAUGCUGGUUUCGGGUGUUGGGUCAGUUUCUGGGUGUAUUUGUUUGAUGUUGGCGUUGGUUAAUGUUGCUCAAGUCAAACUUGGGACGCUCUCGUGUGGGAAGGGAACUGGGCAUACUUUUGCUGCGGUUGUGCCGCUCGUGAUCUUGGUCCCUUUGGGGUUACUGAUUUAUGUUUGUGUUGUUUUGUAUGCUUUUCUCGCAGCCUAGUUAGUUUUUCUUGUUCGUAUUAUUGUUGUUGUGUGUUUUGUUUUGUUAUAUUAAGGGCUAUGAAUGAAAAGGAGAACGCUUUCUCAUGGUUUAAUCAAAAUUCUGACUUAAAAAUUUUAUGUGAAAUGUUUUUUUUUAACCUCUUAA